GGCGGAGAAUAUAGAUUUUGGAAAAAUUGUUAUAAUGGAUGCCGUACAACUUUAAUAAGAUGCCGAGCACAACAUGGUCGUUAAUAUUCCCAUUGUACACAUAUAUCAUAUCAACCUAUGUACAAUGUUCAGCGUCUUUUUGUGACGGCACAAACGAUGGCGACUUUUUCCAGCACGAAUCAUCUUGCUUCCUGUACUACCGAUGCAGUCACGGUGACGCCGUGGAGUAUCAAUGCGCCCCACAUACCGCCUGGGAUCAGUCAGAGUUGACCUGUGUCGGUCUGUCGGGCUACACAUGUACGUUACCCGCACCUACGACCCCAAAUGCAGUGACGACACCAGAUGACGAUUCAUUGACGUCGUCGACUACAACUAUACUGAUUGAGUCAACAAGGAGUCACGUGCCAUUUAGUACAGACAUUUCACAAACAGUUUCAUUGUCUAUAUCUGAACGUCCACUAUAUCAUACGUCAACUAUCACACAUGUAGAUAUGACAUCAUCAAUAUCAGACAUGUUGAGUGACGUGACAAGUGUUACGAGUGAAAUGUCAAGUGUUACAAGUGAAACUAUAAGUGUUACAAGUAACACGUUGGAUGUAACAAGUAUAACUGAAUCUGUUACAAGUACUAGUUAUCCGAUUCAAGCCAGUACCACAGUAGAACCUCUGUCAUCACUUUCAUUAUCUGCUGAUAUGAUGUAUUCCACAUCUUCAACAUUUAGUUUAUACUCGACGCAAACAACUGUCGCAGCGUUGAGUUCAGCACAAUCAAUGUCAUUGUUUAGCUCAGCACAGUCAACGCCCCCGUUGAGUUCAGCACAUUCGACGCCAUCGUGUAGAUCAGCACAAUUGACAUCCUCGUUUAGUUCAGGGCAAGUCAUUAUCACAAGUGAGACUGCAACCUCAUCUACAACUUCGGAACAAUCAGCACCAUCUAUAUUCAUCCAAUCAUCAAGCACAUCAUCGAUCGCAACUGGAUUAAUAACAACAGUUGUGUCUGACUUAAACACUACAGAUGUGGCUGACUUUAACACCACAGAUGUGACUGACUUUAACACCACAGAUGUUGCUGACUUAAACACAAUAUCUGAAGUCAUUACAGAUGUUACCAUAAUAGAGGUUAAUAACACUAAAAAGGAGGAGCUGCGUUUUUUCCCUUUGGACCCUGAUGAACGUGUCUCCGCUCAAGCUAUCGGAUGGACCGCUUGGAUUAUCAUAUUUUUGCUGCUAGGGGUCAUUUUAGUUCUCGAUGCCUCAACUUUAUAUAAACAUCUAUUGAUGCUGAAGAGGAAUAUAUUUGGAUCUUAAUGUGAUUAGAAAGAAAAUAGUGUAAAAUGUUGAAAUUUUUUUUUAAAUCAUACCGGUGUUUUUCUUGCAAACCUAAUUUCUUUUUUAAGAAUUGAGAUACACGAUGUAACAUAGAAUUUAUUUAAAAUCUAAGAGAUAGAAAUAUACAAAUAUUAAUUCAUUAUAAUUGAAAAAAGUGCGUACUCUAUUGUCUUGGGUUUCUAUGAAUAUAAACAUGGAAAUGAAUGAUAGUAGAGAAAUAGACUGCAAAAGUGUGACAUUUUUUCGAAAGUCACUCUUCCGGGGUCACUCUGCACUCGCCGUUAUCCCUUCGCGUCUCAUUAACGGAAUAAAUUGAGGCGUCUUCCCGGGGGCGUCUUAAGCCACCAGAACAGUGCAAAGCAGCAAUUAAUCGUCAACCAUGAUUUACUAAUUCGGGGGCAAAUGUUAGAAUGAAACAUCAUUUUUAGAAGAAUAGCCGUGGGAGUCUUUAUGAGAAAUCUCAGCGUUUGUUUAAUACUUGGGUCUUAGUAUUUACAAUCCAAUGAGAGUGGUUAUCAUCGAUUGUUUUAAAGGUGUUAUUUUACACCGACUGUGCAUAGAUUUUUUGUAGUUUAUGAAUCUGAAACAGAUUGCAUGAGUUGACGCUAAAGAGUUAGAAUGGUAGAUGGUGUCAACAACUCUUAUUUUAAAUAGUGUAUCAUUAAUAUACCCAGAUUUGGGUGACGAAGUAAAAUUUAAUUACAUGGUAACGAAUAUUUUUUUUAUCUUAUUCAGUUAUCAUAUGUGUUUAAUGUCAUUUGCAUUGGUUAUUGAAAGUUUUUAAUAAAUUUUCUUCUGAUGAGUA